GGAAGCGCGAUGGAAAGAACAGCCAAAGGCUUACGCACCUGUCUUUUCGUCUUGCAGUACGUCGCUGUUUUCGCGGCCGGCGUACCAGUGGCUGGUCUACGGGAAAGCUUCGCGCUCUCGGACGGAAUUCGUGAAGCCGCCCCUUCCCCGGAUCUUCCAUUAUCGGACGGAAUCUGUGCUGUUGCCCCUUCACCAGACCUGCCAGAAACAGCUUGCUGGGACCUGACCAACAUCGUCGAGCGCCACCUGCAGCACCACCAGUGCGCAGCUGCGACAUCAACGUCAUCUCGUCCGGAUAGGAUAAGACCCAGCAUCGAGCACUAUCACUGCAGUGGGCACGGAAGCGCGAUGGAAAGAACAGCCAAAGGCUUACGCACCUGUCUUUUCGUCUUGCAGUACGUCGCUGUUUUCGCGGCCGGCGUACCAGUGGCUGGUCUACGGGAAAGCUUCGCGCUCUCGGACGGAAUUCGUGAAGCCGCCCCUUCCCCGGAUCUUCCAUUAUCGGACGGAAUCUGUGCUGUUGCCCCUUCACCAGACCUGCCAGAAACAGCUUGCUGGGACCUGACCAACAUCGUCGAGCGCCACCUGCAGCACCACCAGUGCGCAGCUGCGACAUCAACGUCAUCUCGUCCGGAUAGGAUAAGACCCAGCAUCGAGCACUAUCACUGCAGUGGGCACGGAAGCGCGAUGGAAAGAACAGCCAAAGGCUUACGCACCUGUCUUUUCGUCUUGCAGGUUAGUUACCUUUCUAAACUGCCUUGUCGUAGCUUCCGAUCUGAUGAACCCUUUAUUGUUGUGCUUCCGUGCCCACAAGCCGUUCUCUUGCCUUUUUGUUCUUUGCUACUACUUCUUUGUGGGGAUGUAGAAAGCAACCCAGGUCCUGACAACUUAGCAGAACUAGUGAAAACGAUGAAGGAUUUGAACGAACGUACAAAAAGAAUGGAAUCAGCGCAAACAACAAUAUUGGACACCGUAUCUGUGUUAAAAGAACAACAACAGUCAGUUUCAGAAUCAAUAAACGAAAUAAAGGACAGACUGGCGAAAGUUGAAAACCAAACCUCCGUUUUCGAGCACUGGCAGCAUGAAAUGAAAGAACUACGCACCACUGUUGAGCGCCUUGAAAAAGACACUAGUAAUAUGCAUUCGCGUCUUGAUGACGCAGAGGAUCGAUCGCGGAGAAACAAUCUUGUCUUUUAUGGAAUUCCAGAUGCCGCAGAUGAAACUUCUUCGGAAUCGGAAAAAAAGAUCAUCAACCUCCUGACUAAUACUAUCCAAAUUGAUGUCACAAGUUCUGAUAUAUGCCGCGCUCACAGAAUAGGACGCUAUGAUUCAGCGAAAGCUCGACCACUUAUAACGAAAUUUGAAACAUUUAAAAAGAGAGAGCUGGUUUUUUUCAAAACGAGGUUUGCUAAAGAGCACUGA